AUGCUGGGCGUCACAGUCCUUGCUGCGCUCCUGGCCUGCGCCUCCAGCUGCGGAGUGCCCAGCUUCCUGCCCAGCUUGUCAGCCAGGGUGGUGGGAGGUGAGAAUGCCAAGCCCCACAGCUGGCCCUGGCAGAUCUCGCUCCAGUACCUCAAGGAUGACUCAUGGAGGCACACGUGCGGUGGCACCUUGAUCGCCAGCAGCUACGUCCUCACUGCUGCCCACUGCAUCAGCGACACCCGGACCUACCGUGUGGCCCUGGGGAAGAACGACCUGACGGUGGAGGACGAGCAGGGCUCCCUGUACGUGGACGUGGACACCAUCUAUGUCCACGAGAAAUGGAAUUCCCUCCUGCUGCACAAUGACAUCGCCCUCAUCAAGCUGGCAGAGCCUGUGGAGCUGAGUGACACCAUCCAGGUGGCCUGCCUGCCGGAAGAGGAGUCCUUGCUGCCUCAGGACUACCCAUGCUAUGUCACCGGCUGGGGACGCCUCUGGACCGAUGGCCCCAUUGCUGAUGAGCUGCAGCAGGGCCUGCAGCCCGUGGUGGACCACGACACGUGCUCCAGGUGGGACUGGUGGAGCUUCAAGGUGAAGAAGACCAUGGUGUGCGCCGGGGGUGACGGCGUCAUCUCCGCCUGCAACGGGGACUCAGGUGGCCCACUGAACUGCCAGGCUGAGAGUGGGUCCUGGGAGGUGCAUGGCAUCGUCAGCUUUGGGUCCUCCCUGGGCUGCAACACGCUCAAGAAGCCCACAGUCUUCACCCGCGUGUCCGCCUACAUCGGCUGGAUCAAUGAGAAAAUGCAGCUGGCUCACCUAGCGCUCGGCCUACACAACCUCUCAGACACCAUGAUCAGGACCCUGCUGCUGUCUGCCUUGGUGGCUGGAGUUCUCAGCUCUGGGCUCGCCGCUUCCCUGUCCCAUCUGGGUAGAGUGGUUGGCGGUGAAGAAGCCACACCCAACAGCUGGCCCUGGCAGGCCUCCCUGCAGUACCAGUCCGGCAGCCAGUGGUAUCACACCUGUGGAGGCUUCCUGGUGGCCAAGAACUGGGUUGCGACUGCGGCUCACUGCGUCAGCAAUUCCAAGACCUACCGCGUGGUGCUGGGCCGGCACAGCCUCUCUACCCAGGAAAGCGGUUCCCUGACCGUCAAGGUCUCCAAAUUUGUGGUGCACGAGAACUGGAACUCCAACCAGGUUGCCCAAGGGAAUGACAUUGCCCUGCUCAAACUGGAGAGCUCCGUCACCCUGACCAACAAGAUCCAGCUGGCCAACCUCCCAGCCUCCGGCACCAUUCUAUCCAACAACUACCCUUGUUAUGUCACAGGCUGGGGCAGGCUGCAGACCAAUGGGGCCACUCCUGACGUCCUGCAGCAGGGCCGGUUACUAGUUGUGGACUACGCCACAUGCUCUAGCUCAAGCUGGUGGGGCAGCUCCGUGAAGACCACCAUGGUCUGCGCUGGGGGUGACGGUGUGACUUCCAGCUGCAAUGGGGACUCUGGCGGACCACUGAAUUGUCAGUUGAAUGGCCAGUGGCAAGUGCAUGGAAUAGUCAGCUUCGGGUCUUCUCUUGGUUGCAACUACUACCGCAAGCCCUCCGUCUUCACCCGGGUCUCCUACUUCAUCAGCUGGAUUAAUUCGGUGAUUGCAAACAACUAA